AGAUGUUUUCUUGUAGUUUGUGACAUAAGCAGAACGCUUUGAUUUGGUUUCUUUCUACAGCUCCAUUUUCAGUCCGGGAGCACACAUUACUCUGCGUACAAAACGAUUGAACACCAGAUUGCAAUUCAGUAUCUCCAGAUGAAAUGGCCGCUGCUUGAUGUCCAGGCGGGGACCCUCCAGAGCAGACAAGCCCUCAAGGACGCCCGUUCUCCGUCGCCGGCACACAUUGUUUGCCCCCUCCCUUGCUGCACUCAGGGACAUGACUGUCAGCACCUCUACCCCCCCUCAGACUUCACUGUCAGCACUCAAGUCUUCAGGGACAUGAAAAGGAGCCACUCCCUACAAAAGGUUGGGGAGCCCUGGUGUUUGGAGUCGAACAAAGUACCGGUUGUGCAGCACCCUCACCAUGUCCACCCUCUCACGCCACUCAUCACCUACAGCAAUGAACACUUCACCCCGGGAAACCCACCUCCACACUUACCAGCUGACGUAGACCCCAAAACAGGAAUCCCACGGCCUCCGCACCCUCCAGACAUAUCUCCGUAUUACCCACUAUCGCCGGGCACCGUAGGACAAAUCCCCCAUCCGCUAGGAUGGUUAGUACCACAGCAAGGUCAGCCAGUGUACCCAAUCACGACAGGAGGAUUCCGUCACCCCUACCCCACAGCUCUGACUGUCAACGCUUCCAUGUCCAGCUUCCUGUCUUCCAGGUUCCCUCCCCAUAUGGUCCCACCACAUCACACUCUCCACACGACGGGCAUCCCCCACCCGGCCAUAGUAACGCCAACGGUCAAACAGGAAUCCUCCCAGAGUGACGUCGGCUCACUCCAUAGCUCAAAGCAUCAGGACUCCAAAAAGGAAGAAGAAAAGAAGAAGCCCCACAUAAAGAAACCUCUUAACGCGUUCAUGUUGUAUAUGAAGGAAAUGAGGGCAAAGGUUGUGGCCGAGUGCACGUUGAAAGAAAGCGCAGCCAUCAACCAGAUCCUGGGGCGAAGGUGGCACGCGCUGUCCAGAGAAGAGCAAGCGAAAUACUACGAGCUGGCCCGGAAGGAGCGACAGCUUCACAUGCAGCUGUACCCCGGCUGGUCCGCGCGGGAUAACUAUGGGAAGAAGAAGAAGAGGAAAAGGGACAAGCAGCCGGGAGAGACCAAUGAACACAGCGAAUGUUUCCUAAAUCCUUGCCUUUCACUUCCUCCGAUUACAGACCUGAGCGCUCCUAAGAAAUGCCGAGCGCGCUUUGGCCUUGAUCAACAGAAUAACUGGUGCGGCCCUUGCAGGAGAAAAAAAAAGUGCGUUCGCUACAUACAAGGUGAAGGCAGCUGCCUCAGUCCACCCUCUUCAGAUGGAAGCUUACUAGAGUCGCCUCCUCCCUCCCCCAACCUGCUAGGCUCCCCUCCCCAAGACGCCAAGUCACAGACUGAGCAGACCCAGCCUCUCUCGCUGUCCCUGAAGCCCGACCCCCUGGCCCACCUGCCCAUGAUGCCGCCGCCGCCCGCCCUCCUGAUUGCCGAGGCCGCCCACGGCAAGGCCCCCGCCCUCUGUCCCAACGGGGCCCUGGACCUGCCUCCCGCCGCGCUGCAGCCGCCGGUCCUGUCCGCCUCGUCCUUGGCGCAGCCGUCGACCUCUUCCUUACAUUCCCACAGCUCCGCGGCGGGGACGCAGCCCCAGCCGCUGUCCCUUGUGACCAAGUCUUUAGAAUAGCUUUAGCCUCGUCCGCCCCGGUUGGUUUGGGUUGGUUUGCGUCGUGUUGCGUUCCGCUUCUGUUUCCCCCACCGCCCCAUCCCCGGCACCCCCUACUGCCCCCCAGCAGCCCCCUCCUUGGAAAGGUUUCGUUUUGUACUCUUUUAAUUUUGUGCCACGUGGCUACAUUAGUUGAUGUUUAUGGAGUUCAUUGGUCAAUAUUUGACCCAUUCUUAUUUCAAUUCCUCCUUUUAAAUAUGUAGAUGAGAGAAGAACCUCAUGAUUCUACCAAAAUUUUUAUCAACAGCUGUUUAAAGUCUUUGUAGCGUUGAAAAAAUAUAUAUAUAUACAUAACUGUUAUGUAGUUCGGAUAGCUUAGUUUUAAAAGACUGAUUAAAAAACAAAAAGGAAAAAAAAAGAAGCAAUUUUGAAGCAGCCCUCCAGAAGGAGUUGGUUCUGUAUUAUUUGUAUUAAAUACGAGCUUGCGAACCAAUCAUUUUACAUCUGGUUUUUAAACCAUGAGGGCACGAGGAAUGCAGUGCCCUUACUUUUUUUUUUUUCCUCCGUGUGAAACAACUUUAAUUGUGAUGUUACUUGUUAUUGUUUAAAUGUACAGAAACAAAGGGUUAAAUGUGUUAAUAUACCUUGUUCCAUGGUGUUGUUCUUUUGGGGGGAGGGGGAUGCUACUCAACCAUUAAUGGAAUCACAACGCUGUGGGACCAGUAGUAUUUAUUGCUUUAGAGAUUGCUCGUCGAACAUGUAUGUCGUCCCUUUUAAAAUAUGUUUUCCUUUUUCUUGAAACUGUAUAAAGUUUUUUUCCCCUUAGCAUAAGCAUCUUAUAUAUAACAACUCAUUUGUACAAGGUUUUUAAGUUUAUAUAUAAAAUGUGUAUAUAUAUUUUUUCGUUUCUCUUUUUGACUUUUUUUUUUUUUUUGGCUGUAUGAAACCCAGAUGCCGCCAAAUGGACAUUAAUAGUUGCAUUUAAGGAUCAGUAGCAUUAACGAAAGUUGCUUGAAAAGCCAUUAUGUAAAACAAGACUUGAAAAUUAGUGAGGGAAUUUUAGCAACGCGGUCUGAGCAGGGAACGCCCUGUCUCUCCUUUGAACUCACAGUCCACAGCUCUGUCCCCUCAGGGCACGGCCUGACUGUGUGCAAAACUUUAUGUGCCAAAAUUCUCAGUGACUUUAGCUUUCUCCCUCUUUUUGAUGCUGUAAUUUUUGUUCACCAUGUUUUGCUGUGAUGUUACAUAGAUAGAUUUGUAUGUAGUUUUAAUGUCACUUAUAUCAAGAUGUGUUUGGUAGCAGAUUGUCCAGAAAGCAUUUUAAAUGAAGAGGUAUAAACCCUUAGGGGCCAAAAAUUCUGUAUAUUAGAUUACUCUUAAAGGAAAAACCAGCUGCCGCUUUUAUGUACACAUAUUACAUACAAGUAGGUGGCAAACUUUAAAAAUAAAAAAAAACCCUAGGCAUGUUGAUGUUGCAAAAUGCUGUAUAAAGCUGACACCUGUUCAGUCAGUGCCAUUGUAGUUGACAUGAAGCGAUUGUAAAACUGUCUCCAAUUUUUCUCUGGUUUAUUAAAAUGCUAACUAUACCAUUUUUUGUGAAUACUUUGAAUGUUUCCUAACAGUGUGAUGUUACCGUUCCGUUUUAUGCUCUUAUUCCAAUUUCAUUUUUAAUGGUUUGGAAGCCAUUUUUGUAAUGAAUAAAUGUCCAUGCUGUACAGAAUCUGUAGCAUGCCGUUCUGGAUCAAUAAAAGCAACUUAGUAUGUGCGGAUAAA